AUGUCACAAAUUCUAUCUGGUAUGUGUGGAGGUUUAAGUGUUUAUAGUUCACGAACUGCAAUCCAAGCAGCAGUUUCCCAUCAAAACAUGACAAUGGCAAUUACAACACUCGGUUUAUUUUCUAGUAUUGGAAGUGCAAUUGGAAGUGCAUUUGCUGCUGUUAUUUGGAAUAGCAAAACGCCAGCUAAUUUAAGGAAAUAUAUGUUAUUUGAACAAGUCCAAAAUUUUUUUGGAAACUUGAAAUUAUGA